AUGCUGCUCAGCAUCGCGCGCUCAAAGUGGCCAUUGACUUUUGACUUUAUCAAGACUGCCUACUUCCGGAGUGGAGUUGGUUACGAUCGACACCGACCUGCUCGAUUCGUUCCUCAUCCGUCCUCUCUCACCCGUUUCAUGCGUGUCUUUGUUCCUAUCUCCACUAUGGAGCGUCUUCGGCGUUUUUGCUGGAUGGACGUGAGGCUAGCGUCGGCCCCCAAGGCGAUUACGGGACUUUCUAUCUUCCGAGGGACACAGAAUGGAAAAGGCCUCAACCUCAAAGGGAAGGGGUUCCCUGGUUGUAACCUCGCGUAG